AUAUCACACCAAAUGAUGAUCGGCAAGAUUUCCUUGCUUCUGGCAAUUUUGCUGGCAAGUGCAGAGGGCGCCAAAAAUUAUGCAGAUGCACUGGGCAAAUCAAUUUUGUUCUACGACGCACAGCGUUCAGGCAAACUACCUGCCAACAACCCGAUCAAAUGGAGAGGUGACUCAGCAGUUAAUGAUUGCGUGCCUGGUGGGUGGUACGACGCUGGUGAUCACGUGAAGUUCGGACUCCCUCUGUCCUCAACCCUGACCAUCCUCGGCUGGUCACUGAUCAAGUUUAAAGACGGGUACGUGAAGGCCGGACAACUGGACAAUGCUUACGAUUCCGUCAAAUGGGGAUAUGACUACGUACUGAAGGCAUGGAAUCCCAGCAAGAACGAACUCGUGGUUCAGGUUGGAGAUGGUGAUACCGACCACGCUUACUGGGGGCGUCCCGAAGACAUGACAAUGCCCAGACCUUGCCUGGUUGUCAACAACAACAUCCACGGAGCAGACAUUGCUGCAGGAACUGCUGCUGCCCUAGCAACCGGGGCCAUCGUUUUCAAAGAUAAAGGAGACUCAGCUUACGCCAAUCAACUUCUGAAUGCCGCCAAGAGUCUGUACGAUUACGCUAAGGGCCACAGGGGAAUGUUCAAGUCCAAUUUCUAUGGAUCACUCAACGACACAGACGAGUUGUGCGAUGCCUCCAUAUGGCUGUACAAGGCAACCAACGACCAGAAGUACCUCACCGACGCCAAGACGCAGUUUGGGGAUGACAGCUAUACCUGGGGAUACGGUUGGGACAACAAGAUGGUUGGAUGCCAAGCGCUGCUGUAUGAAGCCACCAAAGAUAACUAUUACAAGAACGCCGUGGAUUCAUACUUUACAUAUAACUGGUUGCCUGGUGGCGGGAUUGACUACACGCCUUGUGGUUUAGCCUGGCGAGAUAAGUGGGGAUCUUUAAGGGCCGCAGCAAAUUCAGCCUUCAUCGCCCUGAUCGCUGCUGAGCUGGGCAUCCAGACAUCGAACCUGAGACAGUGGGCCACGGAACAGAUCAACUACAUCCUCGGGGACAACCCCCACAAUGGAGGCUGCUACAGCUAUGAGAUAGGCUAUGGAUCCAAAUAUCCACUUCAACCCCACCACAGAGCCGCAUCCUGCCCGAACAGACCAGCUCCCUGUGGAUACACAGAAGCCAACAGUCCAAAUGCAAACCCUCAAGUCCUAAUCGGUGCCCUAGUGGGAGGACCUGACGUCAACGACAAUUAUAACGAUCUGAGAAGCGAUUAUGUGGGAAACGAGGUCGCCAUUGACUACAAUGCUGGGUUUCAGGCAUCUUUGGCGGGAAUCUUACAUCUGCAGGCGAUCAAUCAGUUGCCAACGACGCAUAAUAAGUGUCCAUGCAAGAACUGA